AUGGGGCUCUCAGGACUUCUGUCAAUACUGGUACCGUUCAUCCUCCUGGGGGGUGUCCAGGAACCUGGGCUGGUUGAGGGGUUCUUCAGUAAGUAUUGGGGACUCAGUCCUCCCAGUGGAGAAAUGGAACUCAGCUGGGAGGAAGGAACAAAGAAUUCUACCCCUGAGAAAUGCUUUCCCCCACCUCAGCCUGGGAUCUUGGGCAGGAUAGAGGGGAGAUAUUUGGAGUUUUCUUUUCAGGUAAGAUGUCUCCGGGAAUGCAGGAAACAGUCCAUGCAUCCAGACACGUGUCCCAAAAUCAAAGUACAUUGUGAUGCGAACGAAAUAAACCAAUGUCUAAAGAGCAGACAGUGCCCAGAGAAGAUGAAGUGUUGCAACUUUAACUGUGCAAGGAAAUGUUUAAACCUCAAACAAGACAUAUGCAGUUUGCCAAAGGUAGUUGGCCCCUGCCUGGCCUUCUUUCCACGCUGGUGGUAUGAUGAGGAAACUCAGGCAUGCUCCAAAUUCAUCUAUGGUGGUUGCCUAGGGAACAACAACAACUUCCAAUCUGAAUCUAUCUGCAAGACCAUCUGCAAAAAAAAGAAAGUAAGUCCCACGGGUCCCAUUUCCCAUGCUCACCUGGGCUACCCUGGGAGGUGA